AUGACUGCUGCCACCGCCAACGGAAGUCACAGUAUUGAGAAUAGCGUGGUUGUGAAGGCUCCAGUCGCCGCCCCAGUGCAGGAAAAUGAGCUCUUCGAAGAGCUUUACCAGAUGGAGUGCUUCCGUACCGGAGAGUUCUACCUGAAGUCCGGCCAGAUGACUCCGAUCUACAUCGACUUGCGUAGAAUCAUGAGUUCGCCACGUGUCUUGAGAAUGGCUGCCCAGGCCAUGUGCGACAAAAUUGUCGCCAAGAAUCUCAAGUUUGACUACGUCGUCGGAGUUCCAUACGCUGCUCUUCCACUAGCUACGGUAAGAAAUGCGAGUUUCUCGAGUUAUGCAUAACAAUUUCAGCUCGUUUCUGACAUUCUCAACGUGCCUAUGCUGAUGAAGAGAAAAGAGGCGAAGGCGUACGGAACUAAGCAGCUCAUCGAGGGAGUUUACCAGCCCGGCGGCACUGUUCUUCUUGUCGAGGAUGUCGUAACUUCCGGAGAAUCGAUCCGAGAGACAGCCGAAGCUGUCCGAAAGGAGAACUUGAAUGUGACCGACACGAUUGCCGUGCUCGACAGACAGCAAGGCGCAACCGCCAACCUCGCCGCCGAUAAGCUCAACUUUCUGAGGUAAAUCCGCUGAGCACUUCUUUUAUAGCUUCAGAAUCUGAUGAUUUCAGUUUCCUGACGAUGGAGGGAAUUCUAGACGGACUGAUCCGCAAGAACCAAAUGACUGAGCAGCGAAAGGUUGAGAUCAUCGCUCAUCUCGCCAAGCCUUUCUAAUCGAUUUUCCCUUUCCGUUGAUUUGUUUUUGCGUGAAUCUUUUCAUCAAAUAAAUAUCCUUGUUACGUCGCACACGAUAUCAAGAACAGAUUCAAAGUACAAUAGUUUGAUCGCGAUUCGGGUGGAUUCGCCCGUUUUGUGCGUCAACUGUAUUUUAUGUUCUUUGUGUUGUGUGUGGUUCCUUAUUGUUCAUCACCCUUUAUCAUUUCGUUUUUUGUUUCCCCGAAUUCGUAGUCCCCUUCAGACUUAAUUUCUUUGUUGGUCAAUUUCUGUUUGUGAUACGAUACCCCGGUUUUUUCCGUUUCUUUUGCAUAACUUUGUUUUUGAACAUGAAUUUUUUGCAAACGUUGUUUCUGGAAUCUGUGCACUGCGGAGGUCGAGAGGAAGAAACUUUUGAAAGCGUGAACUUUGAUCGUCCUUCCCCGUUCCCGUACAUUUGCUGGUCAUUCCUGAUUUAUAUUAAUUAUUUCCACAUUGCCUUCGUUCGUCAAAAGAUUCGAUCAAUUUUGAGUGCAGUGAGUUUUCUGAUUCUGAACCGGUGGGAGACUUAUAGAUAUUUUAUCAGUGCGGCUGUUUAGCGUAGGUGGGAAUUGACUGAAUUCACGUGAAGCGCGAUUGCCAAACUUUUGCACCCAAAUGUACUGGUGGGGCGAUCCUGUGAGGGAAUCAGUCCACAAUCCUUAGAAUUAUACCCAGCUGUAUAAUAUUCUCGUGUUUCAGUGUUUAACUGGCUUUCCAUCGUUCUAGCUGUUGUUAUAACAACGCCAACACUUAAUUCUAAAGGUUCGAAUUGUCUAGUGAAAACACAGAAAACAACGCUGUCGGUUUCAGAAAAAUAUGAUCUUCAAAAAACAGAUAUGAUUUCGUCGAAUCGCUUCGAACGAUCUGAUACAGCUCUGAGCAAAGUAUUGGGAUGGCAGAUGACGUUGGGCAGAGUGACGAACGUGAUUUACCUGCAAAACAAAUUACUGGACGGAUCUCUGACAGCCGAGGACGUCGUCGUCGGCAUCUGGAACCUCAAGGACAAGGGAGCAGUUCAGAAGUUCCACACGAUCCAAUCGACCAACCUGACCGCCCUGCUCGAGGAAUUAGGUUCCGCUCUCAAUAAUAUAACGAUCGGGACCACUCAGAUUGCGAAUGUAACAGCUAUUGAAAGCGGGUUGCAGGCUAUUGAAGGAAUACCGGCAGAGGCUCGAACGAAAAUGAGAGACGCUUUGAAUGUUUCAAUAAUGCAAAUUAGCAAAAAAUCAUGGAAAUUAUUUUCCGAAAACUUAGCAGAAAAGGCUCUGAAUGAAAUCAAGAGUAUCACUUGGGAAAUUGAAACGCACAAGGACGUAUUAAAUGACAUCAUUAUACAAAUACGCAAAAGCAAAUUAGUUAAACAAGAGUUUUGUCGCUUUUUCGCAAUGAAAAACUAUGAAAAAAAACUGUCUACUGUCAAAGAAGGGAUCGAAGUGACGAAGAAGUUGUACACGAAUGCAACUCAAUUGUUUGGACUGUCGAGCAGUUUGAAAUCGAUGUUCGCCGAGUUGGAGAAGUUCAAACAACUGAAGGAUGUGAACAAGGCAGAAUUAAAAAAAGCCUUGGAGUCGUUGAGCAACCUCAUUCGGCAUCUUUCCGAAACGUCGAGCACUCCGUCGAUUGCUCCCGCUUUCCUAUCCGAUCGUAAUCUUUCACAGAUCUAUGAUGACUUGGAAAAUCGAAUGAUGGCCGAAUUGCUGAACCAAGGCAACCCGUUGGACAAGUUGAUUACUGGAUUGAAAGACAUCGGACAGCUUGUAACCAACUUUGAAGCAAUCGUUGUAGGCGGCAGUCUGCUGGGUUCGAUGACGUCCAAAUUCAAUGUUGCUCGUCUGAUGCAUUUCUGCGAAAAUAUCGAAAAGUACAUUAAAGGCGUUACGAAAGUGGAGGAACUUUCGAUUCUCCCGAAAUGUAUCACCAUCAGUUCUACUUCACUUCCGUCUUUACUUGGAGAUUUGGAUAACAUUGUCGAGAAGGUGGCAAAUAUUCUCGAUAAAAUCGAAGUCAUCGUCAACACCCUAGAUGAAUGGAACGACAUGGAGUCCGACAUUAAAGAGCUCGGAACGUUCAACGACUUCAUUCAGAAUUUGGAUUACGCGCAGUUCGCAAAUUAUAAGAAUAGUACCAGUUAUGUGAAAGGAACGUCAAUUCUAGAAAAGUUUAUUUCCAUUUUCAACAAGACACUGUUAGACAAGGAAAUCACGGACAAUCUUAGUGAGUUGAUAUCAAAAAUGCAGGAAGCUCAAGAAUGGAUUAAGAAUACCGGAUUACAGAAUGAACCAUGUUCAAUCAACGCCUCUUUUGAUGUAAAUCCCCUGAUCUACUUCAAUCUGUUUGUCGAAGAAGUAGAAAGUGUGAAGAAGCUCGAAGUUGUUGACGCUGUUUCUCAGAUUUAUAACACUUUCACUUUAACUGCGAAACGGUUCGAUGCCAUAUCAGUCACUGCGAUCGCCAUGAAAUCGAACAAGUCCGAAGACUCUACGCAACUUUACGAGAAUUUCAAAUCCGAAGCCUCGCUCGACGCUCUUUUGCAGACAGCAGCUGGAGCUGGGUCCUUGAAUCAGAUAUAUCAAUUUCAACAGCUGAAAAGUAAAGUCGAACUCAUUAUCAACGCGGAGCCGACUGUUCAAUCGGCGAUUUCAUUGAUCACGGACAACACCACGAAAGCGAAACUUGAGAAGACUUGGAAGACGUUUCCAGCUGUCAAGAGGCAGUUAACGGAGUUGUUGGCCAAUGUGGCUAAUUUGGAAAAUGUCUUGCACACCGCAACAAUUACAAAAAGUAUGGACAGUGCUGUGAAGGUGUACAAGUUGGCUGAAAAUAUGAACUUUGCGGGUCAGAUCGACUUGCGGAACUUGAGAGAAUCCAUGUUUCAUUUCGAAACGACACGACGGAAAAGAGCUCAACCAAAUCAAGACCUUCAAGGCCUUUCCGACUCGCUCGAAGCGCUCCUGCAACCGAUCGACCUGUCGCUUGCGCAUGCCAACUUCCAGAAGACGCCCAGAGCUUUGGCUCAACUUCAGAAUGACUUCAACGUGUAUUUCGGAAUCUCUCGGUAAAACUUUAAGCCUUUGAACAAAAUUUUAUCAAUAUUUGAGCAAUAUUUGAAUUUUCGGCGACGUUUACCUAAAAGUUGGUUGCGCGUCCCGAAGUUUGCUCAAACUCUGUUAAAUGUUGUUCCAAAGCGUUUCUUCUCUCAAAUUCUGAUCAAACGUUGCAGAGGUUCACCGAGCGGCGAAAACGGUGAAGGACAGAGUCAGGAAACCGGGUCGUGAGUGAUUCUCGCCAAGAAGUCAAUAUGAAAACGUUUUGUGCAGAGAUUGGACCUGGUAUGCGGUUGGUGGUGGUGUCGGACUGAUCGUCAUCGUCGUAGUUAUAAUCGUGGUGGUUUGCAAGAAGAGAAAGAAAAAGAUGCAAUUUAUGGAUGACCCGUAUUUGCACGAAGAGCCGGGUAGAUUUCACGAAGAGAAGACAAAGUUUACAAGUUUCUCUUCUUGCAGACUACAAGUACACCGAAGAGUGGUACCGAUUCAACUUCGUGCAAUUGCAAGACAGCCGCUGGCCAAUAAACCAGAAAGACAAAAACAACAAAACGGCUCUCUACAGAGCUGUCGAGAAUAAAAACUUCGCAGAAGUUCAGAAGCUGUUGGACGAAGGCGCGCUAAUCGACGCAACGUGCGAUAAAUAUGAAUGGUCGGCUCUGCGUCUGCUCGUCGACAGAAAAGAAAAGACAUGGGGCCUCAAGUUCUGCGACUACGGCGCCGACAUUUCGCAACCGGACACGCUAGCUGACACGGCGGAUAUGUGGGGUGCUAACAAGGGAUUCAUGCCAGAAUUCGACGACUAUUAUGGUGAGAAGAAAAGGAAACGUACGAUUCCGCCAAAUAAAAAGAGAACGUACAAAGUUCUGGUGCUUGACCCGAAUUGUCUGACUAAAUUUGAGAUGAAGAAGUUGACGCCAAGAAUCAAAGACAAGGUAUUGUCGCCGCUGUUAAAAUACCGAAGAAACAGUUUAUUUUAGAUCACUUGGGGUUACAAGGAGGGUAUGAAUCUGGACACGUUCACGCACAUUGUCGUCUCUUCCAACUACACAAAUGACAAUAACCUCCAAGAGUUUUAUCUGCCCGAGAAUGACGAUUUCCUUGCCUACGAAAUGAUUGCGAGGUGAGAUUCAUUUAUCAAAUCAUCAUCGUCAUUAUUCUUAAUUAAUAAAAAGCUAACGGCGUCUGUCCGUUUCUUUCUUUCUAUCUAUAUUUCUUGAACUUUACUUUCCGCAAAGCGGGCCCAGAUUCCAAGUUCCCAGGGGGUAUUCAAAACAAUUGCAGCUUGGCCAAUCUGAUGGGGAAAAGAUGGUUGCUGGCGAUCCUGGACAACACGGAUAACAUUCAAUUGGAUCAUCCUUUCAUUCUGACGGACAUCCGAUUCCGGAAAUACACAGAAAGGGACGCAUUGCUCAGGCUCAAGACCUACCGACAUCAAGGCCUUCCCAAGUUUUUGUGCCGAGUCACCAUCACCAUUCUGCCGACGAAAACAGACGAAGCGGGUGAGUGAUUGCAGGUGUUCCGCGUGCCGACGGGACAGUCUGCGUUGACUGCCGCGAAAAGCAGCUAGCAGUUGUUGUAUUCGAACUAGGAACCUCUUGCGCGUAGCUCUGCAAAGCUUGAACACUAUUAAGACAUGCCUCUUUUGCAGCAAAAAAGGAAAAAUGGAAAAAAAUCAUCAAAUUGUUUGGCGGAACCGUCUCCGAGAAGCCGAAAGCGGACACGUACAACUGCGAGAUGCCGUUCCACGCGUGCUGGAGUUGGUAUCGAACUAAUAAAGAAGAUUUGAUGACGAUCAACUAUCAGAACUCGUGCUGGAUUCUCCGUUACAAAGACAGUGAGGCGAGUUGCCCCUCCCCACUUCCGCUCCGUAAACUCUUUAUCCCUUCUUCAGAUCGACCCGAUUUGGCGGUCGAAUGCGAAUGCCUACACGCUUGUCGAUUUCAAUUUUUUGCGCGAAUCGAUCGCUCGCGGAGUUAUUCUGAACUCACGAAACACUAUUGUUCCGCUGGAAUUAGACCAUAAAGAAGCAGACGAUAAGGAACGGCCGGUCAAUAAAUCAAAAAAGCAACCGCGAGAAGCAAAGGCGAAGGCCACGGAGGCAAGCACGGGGGUUACGAAAUCUUAG